AUGAAAGCUUUUGCUGGAAAAGGUGCUCUGCUCCUUGCAGCCAUCCUUGGCUUGCAACAACUAUCAUCCGGGGUUCCAGUUGGCACAACGCCGGACCCAUUUGAAGAUCUCCUGCCUCGUGGUGGUAUCCCACGACCGGUCGUACCUGAUAAGCCAGUGCCCGUACCACAUGCCGGUUCUAAACCGCCAGACCCGGUAGGGGGCAAGCCCGCUGGGCAUCCUGGAGGGGCAGCGGAAGUUCCCCGACUCGGAUCGGGCCUUGGCAUUGGGAAUGCUAAAUCCAUGGAGGAAUAUCGAAUAAAGGGCAGCGAGAGAAUUUCUGGUUACGAAGCCGCGGUUUCAGCAAAUAGACCUGAUACCAGGGUUGUGGAUGAUGCCUCACAAGUCAAGGUCGAGGAACCCGGGCUUCAAGAAUCGUACUUGAACAUUUUUAAGAACAAAGCCUACUUCGAAUUUGGGGACGAUAGGGGUAUGAGAGGAGCCGAUCUUCGUGAGCUGACUGCCUUUAAGGCGGAACACCUUGGCUUAGAUCCCAGCAGCAUCAAACAAAUGAAGCAGAUCACCAUCAAGCCUAAAAUAGAGGACUCAACGAAAGGCACCAGCAACCCAUCGCAAAACAACCCCCCCCCGACGGAUUUCAUUAGCCAAGGCGGAUAUGACCGCGAGGGAAGAUACAUCAUAGCUCAAGGUGGCUUCAAGGCCAACGACAAGACACCAGCUGGCCAACAACGCGUUCCAGUACAUGAAAUCGCUUGGCAAGCUUUUGCAAGUGUUGCCAAGGAAUCAAAAGGUGCACAAGCUAGUCGAACGAAGAACCUCAAAGUCAUCUUCCUCAUGGACAUUCAAAACAAAGGCUUCUGGAGUAUCGCUGAUCGAAAUUACAAGGAGGCCGGCAUUCCAACCAACCAAAUGGCCGUCUGGGAACGAGGAGACGCAGCGGCCACCACACGGUUUGAACGGUUCGUUGGCAGCGACAAUAUCAACGGCAAAGUUAUUGCUCUUACAAACCACCAUAACGCCAUCGGCAACAAAAAAUUAGCAAGGAUUAUCACUCUCCCGAAAGAAGCCCCAGGCUCCCAAAACAGAUUCACCGCAGCUCUUGUCCUAGAAUAG